AGUCGGCGUCCCGAAUUAAGCGCCUGAGGUCUUCAGCGGCUGAUAAGUCCGCAGUUCCCGUUCAGUCGCCGGCGCGUCCGGAAUAUUCCCUCUUUCUUCUUGGUUUUGUCACUCUCUUUCUCUGUGUGUGUGACUCUGCGUGCCUACGUCUCCGUCCCGGGUUUUCUUCCUUCUCCUCCACGCCGAAGUAACGGCAGCUUGCGUGCUGCGGCGAUUAUUUAAUUUACUGUCAUUCCGGGGACAGCCGCGAGUGAACGGAACGCGGGAAAAUCAUAUACACUCGUAUAUGCUGAGUGUAGAUCCGUUGAUGUUAUACAAUAAUGCCGGGAAUAGUAACCAUCUGACCCAUUCAAAGGUCAAGCCCGCCGAUACGCGAUAAUCCCGGGAUUCGAUCCAAGUGCAAGCUCCGAGCCAAAGAGUGAGAGAGAGGAGAGUUCUCUUAUCACAAUUGUAUUGACAAAGUAACCAAGCAACUAGCAAGUGGAACAGCGAAAGCAUUUUACAAAUUGCAUAUUGGGAAAAGUACAAAAUACAAAUCAACAAAAUGGGUUGCAUGCGCUAUCUGUCCGAGGCUCAUUUGCGGGGCUUCGAGCGCUACAAGUACAGCAGCAUAGACACGAGCUUUCUCAGUGUCUAUGUGAUGCACCCCUUCUGGAACUAUUGCGUGAAGUUUGUUCCAAAAUGGCUGGCACCCAAUGUACUGACCUUUGUGGGCUUUCUCAUGACUGUGAUCAACUUUAUACUGAUAGCCUACUACGAUUGGGAAUUUAAGGCGGCCAAUGAUAUGACCAAAGGCAACACAGUGCCAGCCUGGGUGUGGACAGUGGCGGCCAUUAAUAUACUCAUUUACUAUAAUUUAGAUGGCAUGGAUGGCAAGCAGGCGCGUAGAACUGGAACGAGUGGUCCCUUGGGGGAGCUCUUUGAUCAUGGUUUGGACUCCUAUUCGGCGGCUCUGAUACCCAUUUAUAUAUUCUCACUAUUUGGUACGGAUGAUCUGCCACCAAUCCGUAUGUUCUUUGUGAUUUGGAACGUGUUUCUCAAUUUUUACCUGACGCAUGUGGAAAAGUAUAACACGGGAGUUAUGUUUUUGCCCUGGGGCUAUGACUUCACCAUGUGGGGCGUCAGUGGCAUGCUUUUUGUGGCCACUAUUUUUGGCCCAGAGAUCUACCGCUUUAGCAUGUAUGGUUUCACGGUCGCCAAUAUGUUUGAGGUGGUUCUGAUUGGCUCUGGUAUGGUCAGCAGUCAUCCUAUUAUUGCCAGAAAUAUCUAUCUCUCCUAUAAAAACAAGACGGGCAAAAUGCGACCCAUGUGGGAGAUGCUGCGUCCGUUCUUUGCCUUUCUUUGGCUCUUUGUGAUUACAUUGAUCUGGUCGUUCUUCUCCAGGAAUGAUUUGAUUAACUCGCAUCCUCGUAUUCUUUGGAUACUCUAUGGAACAAUAUUCUCCAAUAUUGCUUGCCGCCUGAUUGUGGCCCAAAUGUCGGAUACGCGAUGCGAUGGCUUCAAUGUGCUGAUGUGGCCCCUGGCCGCCACAGUUGCUGUGUGCUGUUUUCCCUACUACCAAACAGUGUUUGCCAUGGAUCUACCCAAGGACAUUGAGAAAUGGAUUCUCUAUAGUCUGACCAUAUUCUCAACAUUAGCUCACUGGCACUAUGGCUUUGGUGUGGUCUCUGAGAUGUGCGAUCACUUCCACAUUCGCUGCUUCAAAAUCACCAAACCGCCAGCUGACAACGCCGUACAGGAGCUGCAGGAGAUUCAAGUUGAGGUUGAUGCUGUAGCUGAGGCUGAAAUUAAGUUUGAAGCUGAAGUUAAGCCCGAGGAUGAGGUUGAUCUUAAGCCUGAGGCUGAGGCUGAACUUAAGCCUGAGGCUGAGGCUGAAACGGAGCCAUCCAAGCCCACGGAAAAUGGGGAAGAAGUUUAGCUUAUCGCCACAACAACUGUUUUUGUGUAUGAUUAACUUAAAAAUUCAUGUUACCUAACUUGUUAAGUCAAAGUUGAAAGUGUGUGUUUAGGCUUAAGUUCGAAAUUGAAAAAGUAAAUAUAUGUUUGUUAAUGUUAAAGAA